AUGUUUGGCAAGAUCGCUCUCGAAGAGUGCUGGACGAUUCAAGAAGAAUUGGCCAACAAUGAUCCUGGUAAAUUCGUUGCAGCCGGGACAGGAUCUCGUUUGACAAACGAGCUGCUUGACAUUCAUGGCACGCGAUUGAAGCAGAUGGACGAGAAUAAUGUUGAUUUCAUGGUUCUCUCAUUCAACUCUCCAGGGUGCCAGGGCAUCUCUGACAAGCCUCAAGCCGAGGCCCAAGCCACUUUGGCAAACGAUCGCAUGGAAGCUGAGGUGAUGAAAGCACCAAAUCGGUUCGCGGCCUUUGCAGCACUGAGUAUGCAUGACCCAGCGCAGGCAGCAGCAGAGCUCCGCCGUUGCAUGACGGAGAAGAAGGGCUUUGUUGGGGUACUGCUCAACGAUUAUCAAAGCUGUGGAGAGGAUGGCAACGGCAUGCUGUAUUACGAUCAGCCAGAGUACGAUGUAUUCUGGCAGGCGGCUAAUGACCUUGAAGCUCCUGUAUACAUGCAUCCACGCCCCUCAAAUAAGCUGAUUCACAAGUUGAUGUGGGACGGCCGUCCUUGGCUCGACUUUUCUGCCUUGGGAUACGCGGAUCGUCUCAAUAUGCAUAUUCUGGGUAUCGUCACAAACGGUGUAUUGGACCGAUUUCCAAAGGUCAAGAUGAUUUUUGGACAUAUGGGUGAGCAUAUUCCGUAUGACAUCUACCGCAUUGAUCAUAAGCUUGAUCGCAGCCGGUUCCCCAAUAUGCCUAUGCGUAAGGAUAAACUUGUUCGUGAUUAUUUUGGCGAACAGCUUUUCAUUACAACUUCUGGCCAUUUCUCUACACCUGCGUUAAUGUGCGCCAUGGGUGAAGUUGGCGUACAAUCCAUCAUGUUUUCCAUAGAUUACCCCUUCGAAAGCAUCCCAAAUGCUUGCGCAUGGUGGGACGAACAUGUGUCGGCAAGCGUUAAUCAACACGACUACACGAACAUGGGCCGUAACAACGUGCUGAAGAUUAUCCCAAGAUUAACAGAAGAGCCGCACAACUUGAAAGCCAUGACACCACAGGAAUGUAGAGUAGGGGGACUAGCCGUCAAUCAGGGGGAGGUAUGCUAUGGUCUUUACAACAAAUCUUGGAACAAGCGGGAGAUUAAGAUUGUGCCUUCUUAA